AUGCUUCUCCUUGACUACCAAAACGUUCUCAUCCAGUCGGUGUUGACCGAGAGGUUCUCUGGUGCCCCUCCCGCUCACAUCGACCAGACUGUCUCCGACUUCGACGGCGUCAUCUACCACAUUUCCACUCCCGAGACGAAGACAAAGAUUCAGCUUUCUAUCCAAAUAAGAUGCUACAAGGACCUGGUGAAGUACGGCGCCGAGCAGGUGCUGCAGAGGGAAUAUGGCCAAUACGUCGUUCCGCCCGAGCCCGGCUACGAUUUCUCGGUCUUGAUUGAUCUCGAGAGUCUGCCGGAAGAGAAGGAGGAGCGAGAUGCGUUGAUCAUGAAGAUGGCCUUGCUCAAGCGCAACGCUAUGGCCGCGCCGUUCGAGGCCGCCUACGAAGAGCACUACAAGUUGAAGGAGGAGGCAUCCAAGUACACAUCUGAGGAGGCUCCCCAAGGCGUUCGGGAGGGCGGUGAAGUUAUGGCUAUCCACUACCGCGAGGAGGAGGCCAUUUACGUCAAGGCCAGCCACGACCGUGUUACCGUUAUCUUCAGCACGAUAUUCCGUGAGGAGACCGAUCGCGUCUUUGGCAAGAUCUUCAUCCAGGAGUUCGUCGACGCCAGACGGAGAGCCAUCCAGAACGCUCCUCAAGUACUCUUCAGGAACGAUCCUCCCCUGGAGCUGCAGGGAGUUCCUGGCGUCAGGGAUACCGGCACCGGCGAGAUUGGAUAUGUUACCUUUGUUCUUUUCCCUCGUCACCUCACUCCUCAGAGAAUGCCCGACGUCAUUUCUCACAUCCAGACUUUCCGCGACUACUUCCACUACCACAUCAAGGCGUCGAAGGCCUACAUCCACUCGCGUAUGCGCAAGAGGACAGCAGACUUCCUCCAAGUUCUGCGCCGUGCACGCCCAGACAGCGAAGAGAAGGAGCGGAAGACGGCGAGCGGCCGUACUUUCAAGGUGCAGGGAGCGUAA